GCCACCCGCCGCAACGCAAGGAGCUCACCGUCGGGCACAGCGAACGAUAUCCUCAAGAGAAACGGUGAGUAGCCCCCCUAAAUGCUGUCACUAGGGUUUCCAGGCCAGGAGAGAAUGCUGCAGGUGCUCAGAAGUGGUGGAAUAGCGGUGGAAUGGGACGGAUGGCUCGUCUGGAGGAUGGAUGAAGGCUUGCGACCAUGGAUGGACUAGGGUUCUAACGAUUAUUUUGCUUUGCAGACUUUUCCUCGUUUCCGGACCCUUCAACAUGUCUCUCCACGUACCGGAAGCUCACCAGCAAUUUCAGCACAUUUUGCGUCUCCUCAACACAAAUGUUGACGGUAAGAGGAAGAUCAUGUACGCUUUGACCGAGAUCAAGGGUGUUGGUCGCCGGUACUCCAACUUGGUCUGCAAAAAGGCAGAUGUGGACCUUAACAAAAGGGCCGGAGAGCUUAACUCUGAUGAGCUCGAACGUCUUGUUACCAUCAUCCAAAACCCCACUCAGUUCAAGAUCCCCACAUGGUUCUUGAAUAGGCAACGUGAUAUUGUCGACGGCAAGAACUCGCAAAUCUUGUCCAAUGGUGUUGACUCGAAGCUUCGUGACGAUCUUGAGCGAUUGAAGAAGAUUCGUGCUCAUCGUGGUCUGAGACAUUUCUGGGGCCUGCGGGUCAGGGGUCAGCACACGAAGACCACCGGUCGUCGUGGAAAGACCGUAGGUGUCUCCAAGAAGCGUGGUUAAGCGACUCUUUGCUUCUCUCCAUCUAUCACUACUGCCUGUGUAUCUCCAUAUUUCCUCAGCCAUGCGAUAUGCAGUUUGUUAUGUCUCGAUUAUCAUGCCAUCAUAUUAGGAAUACAAUGCGGCAGUGCACGUCUCUUGUGCAAAUCGGAAGCGUGCCCGUGACAAUCCUACAACGGCGAAAUAGUAAGCGUCGUUCGGAACAUUUGAGAGGAACGUAAUAUGUACUGGCGCUGUCAUUCAACGGAACUUGGUUCGUUCAUCCUUAUUGGUCCUGAUACAACCCUAAACUUGAAUGUAAUGGAAUGAAAGAGCCGUCUCGUGCUAAAUACAAGAGCUUUUCGCGCUU